CCGUUCGUUCCGACCGUUCAUUUGCAUCCCCUUUCCUUCCGCUGGCGCGAGGGACGGGAUAAUGGCGGCAGCGUGCUCCCUCUCCCCCCUCCCUCUCGCGCCGCCUGUGGCACCCAGGCCAGCGCUCUUCUCGAGGUGCGUCGCUGCUCCGCGCCGUGGUAGGAAUGCCGGGGGAGGCACCGGGCGCUUGCGCCUCGCCAGGAGGCUGCGCCCGCCUGCCGCCGCCAUCGAAGAGGUGGAGCAGACCGAGGCCAUGAUGAGGGUGGCUGCGGACGACGAUAGCAUCACCGCCACCGUGGUGUCGGUGCUGCUCACGGUCUCGUUCGUCGGCCUCUCCCUCCUCACCAUCGGGGUGAUCUAUCUGGCGGUGCAGGACUUCUUGCAGAAGAGGGAGAGCGAGAAGUUUGAGAGGGAGGAAGCUGAGAGACAGAAAGAGGAGGCGAGGCAGAAGAGGGCCAAAGCGAGGGGAAAGAAAAGAAAUCGAUGAUGACUGCUUCUUCAGUAACCUCAGUGUGAGAACUCAUGGCUGGUUCUUCUGUAACCUCGAUCAUUCUCCGGGGUAUGAUUUUUGUGCUGGUUUCGUGUCAUUCUGACGUUCUGGCGCCCCUUUCUCAUCGUAGUUCAGUUCAGAUGAGUUCCAUUUCCUGUCAGUUAUUCAGGCUGUGAAUCGUGAGUAAAAGUGUUAUGUACUGCAAAAUACAUGGUAAAUUAUAUCUCAAAACCGACGCCGACCGAAUAAACCUGAUGCAUGCGGUCUUCGGUCCUGAAAUGAGGCACCCUUCUGCUGUCGAGGCCAACCAACAGUUUGCUGAAAAGUUUGGACAACCCCAAAAUACUUGCAUUGAAAACAAAGGCCGAAGCACUACGCAUCAAAGCAGCCUUUCUGCUGGUUGAAUUUCUACAUGCCGCAUGAUGAUUGUUCAGAUA